CCCUCCCCUCGCCGGCCGCCGCGUCCUCGGAUUUAUUCCAACAAUCGUUAAAACAUGGUGGAUUACUAUGAAGUUCUGGGCGUGCAGAGACAUGCCUCACCUGAGGACAUUAAAAAGGCGUAUCGGAAACAGGCACUGAAAUGGCAUCCGGACAAAAAUCCUGAAAAUAAAGAAGAAGCAGAGCGGAAAUUCAAACAAGUAGCUGAGGCCUAUGAGGUGUUAUCGGAUGCAAAAAAGCGGGACAUCUAUGACAAAUACGGCAAAGAAGGAUUAAAUGGUGGAGGAGGAGGAGGUGGAAGUCAUUUUGACAGUCCGUUUGAGUUUGGCUUCACAUUCCGGAAUCCAGAUGAUGUCUUCAGGGAAUUUUUUGGUGGAAGGGACCCAUUUUCAUUUGACGUCUUUGAAGACCCAUUUGAUGACUUCUUUGGGAACUGAAGAGGUCCCCGAGGAAGCAGAAACCGAGGUACAGGCUCGUUUUUCUCUGCCUUCAGUGGAUUUCCUCCUUUUGGAGGUGGAUUUCCUGCUUUUGAUACAGGAUUCACUCCAUUCGGCUCACUAGGGCAUGGGGGCAUCACUUCCUUCUCUUCAGCAUCAUUUGGCGGUAGCGGAAUGGGCAACUUCAAAUCAAUAUCAACUUCUACUAAGAUAGUUAAUGGCAAAAAAAUUACUACAAAGAGAAUUGUGGAGAAUGGUCAAGAAAGAGUAGAAGUUGAGGAAGACGGACAGUUAAAGUCCCUGACGAUAAAUGGUAAGGAGCACCUGCUACGCUUGGAUAACAAGUAAUU